GGUUGCAUGAUAUUUCCAGCAGAUAUACACCCCCCCUCCUCCUCCUCCUCGUAGGGCGCCCUGAGCCAUCCAUCCCUCCCACCUCCCGAGUGUUUCUAUAGUAAUUUCCAGCCAAUGAUCAGUAGGUGUCCACAUCCCUGCUUCCUCACCUCAGCACCAAUCAGCCACACACAGCGACAGGAGACACGGACUGAGCAGAGACCAGGCAGACACACACAAUACAGCCCCCGGAUCAAGAAGAAGAAGAAGAAGAAGAAAAAGAAGAAGAAGAAGAGGAAACACCUUAAACCCCCCCAUCUGCGAUUUUCCUUCCCCACCCUCCCCUCCUCCUCUGCCGACACCUUUUGGCUUAUUUAUGCACUUUCCGACCUUUUUUUCUAACGUGACAAGAAAGUCGAUACAAAAAGAAAAGAAAUGGUCCUUUUGUUUUGAGCGCUCUGAACACACACACACACACACACACACACACACACACACACACACACACACACACACACACACACGCACGCUCUCCUCCGGCAGCCUAUGUCUGUGCGUCUUCUCGCAUCUUUGCGUUAUUCUCCCUCCGCGCACCGCUCCGCGGUAAUGUGCCGUUACGCGGUCGCAGGCUGGUAGCAUCUUGGGGAGCUCUUCUCAACAGGAACCUGCUCUGGAGGAGAUAAACCAGGAUGGUAACGCACUGUUGGUAACCAGCUUCAGCUCUACAAAGGCCACUGUAACGUCACUCGCUCCUCCGAAACAUUGACAGCCAUUCCUCAGCCAUGUCUAACAUAAACAAUGCACUUUGCAUUGAAAACGGACAGAAUGCAGAUGUGUCUCUCUUACAAAAGGAUAAUCUUCAGGAUGGUGGAUUAAGCCAGCUUUUGGAUUAUAACGCAGAAAUGGAAAGGUACAGGUCUUUUGCAAACUUUUAUAAAACCAAUGGGGCAUUUCCACAGACUGCUAAGAUUGCCCGCAUCACAACGCCCAUUUUUCCCAGUGCUAGAAUUGGCAUGUCCCCUUGGAACUGUGAUAACGCCAUGCUCUGGGGAAGGAAAUCAGCGGCAAUAAACCCUAAUAGGACCAGCAUGCAUAGAAAUGACUCCCAGAGGCCGGGGAAGCCUGGCGUGCCGCCAGAGACGCUGCAAAUGGCAAAUAAUAAUUUCCUCUCUACCUUAUCCCCCGAACACUGCAGACCUUUAGCAGGAGAAUGCAUGAACAAGCUGAAAUGCGGCGCUGCUGAAGCAGAGAUAAUGAAUCUCCCAGAACGCGUUGGAACUUUUUCCGCUAUCCCGGCUUUAGGGGGCAUCUCAUUACCUCCCGGGGUCAUCGUCAUGACAGCCCUUCACUCCCCCGCAGCCUCAGCAGCCGUUACAGACAGUGCGUUUCAAAUUGCCAAUCUGGCAGACUGCCCACAGAAUAAUUCCUCGGUAUCCAGUGGAAACCCAGCGAAGAAGAAAAGGAAAAGGUGUGGGGUCUGUGCACCCUGCAGGCGGCUAAUCAACUGUGGUGUCUGCAGCAGUUGUCGGAACCGCAAAACGGGCCACCAGAUCUGCAAAUUUAGGAAAUGCGAGGAGCUGAAGAAGAAGCCAGGCUCGUCGCUGGAGAGGACGCCGGUGAACAGCGGCGAAGCUUUUCGGUGGUUCUUUUAGAGAGGCGAGACAUGGCCGCCCCAUCCAAGCAGCAGGAGGGCAGGUGGGACUCUUGACUCUCUGCCAGGAGCACUUGAUGGGUUCACAGAACCCGACACGCCCCCGACACAUUUGUGGAGGACAAGAGAAGAAAAAGUGGACAGACAAAAAGAUAAAUGAAAACAUAAUGGUGUUGUUUUAACUCUGUAAUUUCCUUUUCUGUGUAAUUAUUGUACCUUUUGACAGUAUCAUAAUGUAUAUUUUUGGUGUCUAUGAAUGUGUUUUCAGUGUCGUGGCUGUAGGUUUACAGCCAAUCCUAUGUAAAGGACUCAAACAGACAAUCAUACAAUCAUGAUGAAUCCGUCAAACAAGAAGAGGCCACAAGGAUUGAUGAUAUAACAAACACAACACACUUUACUCUGGAGCAAUAAUCUAUUUGGUUGAUUAUUCUUCAAUCUUACAUUUCCGUUUGACUCUUUGAAUUAUUUUUAUCAAACCGAAUCACCUUCUAGUCUUUUACUUCAUCUGAUUCUCAUUCUCUUAAACGCCCGCUAAUGUUCAGACCGUCGCUGGCAGUGUGAUGCGUCUCAUCGAGAGAGAGCGAUGACGUGAAGGACGGCGGCAGUGCCUCCGUGACGGACUUCUUUGCUCCUCAGUCGAGUGGACUCGCUGCACAACAGGGCACAUUGUCUUGUGGUGUGGUGAGUUGCACUUCUUCUUAAUAAUCGAAUUUGAUUGUGACAGCGCCAGACGUUUAUGAGUCAGACUGCUGUCUGGAGGUCGUACUCUCAAAGAUGAAAUGAAGUUUUUGACAAAACCAUCAAACCUGUUUAAUUUUUCCUUCAGUUUGGAUCAACUAAAGGUUGUAACUGUCUAAAAGAUAGAGAGUAAUGCCAGUAAAGGAAAUGUAUGUUAUGUUGCAAAGCAUUCAAAUUUAGAAUUAAUUACAGUACACUAUACAUAUUUGACAUAUCAGAUGUUGUUCUGGAUCUAAAGGAUAGUCUGGACUGACAGUCCUUUCUCCUGCAAAGUAACGUUAACACAUUCCAAAAACAAAAUGAUUCAAUAAGUUACUCAUUGUCUUAAACCCUGUUGUUGCAUGUGUAAAUGUGUUUUGGUUUUAAAGAUUACUAAGAAUUUGUAUAUUGUUGUUGUGAUGCUUUUAUGUGUUAAAAUAAAAAAACAAAAAAUGACUUCAGUAAAAAAGACAUCUUGACAGUCAAUGUUUGAUGUGGAGGGAUCACCGAAGACAGGCGAAUAAAUCCGCCUGUGCUACAGAAAAACACAAUGAGAAAGAAAAAUCAGUAAUCAAUUAUGAUCACCUGAUAGGAAACGAUUUUCCUAUUUUUUUUCCUCCUCCUCCUCCUCCUCCUCUUCCCGAAAAGCAUCAACCGAAAUAACAACCAAGAGGAGACGGGAGGAAUAUAACAGCAUUGGUUGCCUCCCC